AUUUGGCGAUUCACUAUGUGUCGUUCGUUCAUGUCCGGAUUAGCAAUGGUCGAUCUCCGGCGAGCUGAGCCGUUCAGCCUGUCAGUCUUGGGCAUGGCCGACACCUGUGUCGUCCUCCAUUGACGGGCUGUCACUCCACGUACGAGCUCAUAAAUAACCAUGGCGCAGAACCACGCUCCUGCACGAUCGAGGUAGCAUGGCGAGGAAGCAAGGAGGACGCGGCCACAUCACGUCCAUGGCGGCAGCGCUCGCCGUGGCCGUGGCGGUCCUCUUCCUGGCCGGGGCGCCGCGCACGGCGCAGGCGGCGGUGAUGGCGGCGUCGGCGGGGAUCGAGGAGGCGUGCCGGGGCGCAGCGGACCGGGACGCGGCGGUGGACUACGAGCACUGCGUGGCGUCCCUCUCCUCCGACGCGGAGGGCCGGGACGCGGCGGACAUGCACGCGCUGGCGGCGGCGGCGACGCGGAUGGCGGUGGAGCACGCGGCGGCCACGGAGGCGCGGAUGGAGGGGCUGGGCGAGGCGGAGGGGAGCCCCCGCGCGCGCGCCAGGCUGGGGCGCUGCACGGAGCUCUACGGCGCGGCCGCCGACGUGCUCCGGGACGCGCUGGACAACAUCCGCGCGCGCGUGUACGGGCGCGCCGUGGAGCAGAUCGCGGCCGCGCUGGGCGCCGCCGAGCGGUGCGAGGACGCGUGGAAGGGCGAGGAGGUGGCACGGGGCGGCGGCGGCGUGCCCGUCGCCGGGCACGACAAGGAGUACGGCCGCCUCGCCGUGGUCGCGCUCGGGAUCACCAGCGGCAUCGCGUGAUCGCCGGCAACUCUGCCACGUGGAAGACAUCCGUGCUCGACUGACGUAAAUAAAGUGCAAUGGGAAUAUAAUAAACAAAUAAACCCUUUUUUUCAGCAGAGUGAAUAAAACCCAUGAGUA